GUCGCUUCCAUGUUGUGGUUGCCCUCCCGUCUUCGUGUACACUACUACACACUAAUGUACCUAUGCAUGCAGCUGUAGGUAGGGAUGUUGGUGGUGUAGUAUGAAAAAAAGGGCUCGAAGGGGGGCAGUGGCAGUGGGCGACAGCGCGAGUGACGGCAACGACGGGUACGACUAUAACACCCACUACACCCCACCGUCCUAAGCACCCAGACUUUCUACACGAGAUUUCUCACCCUCCUUCUUCUCCCUCACGAGCCCCUCGUCUCCCGUUCUUCUCUUUUCAUUUGACGUUGCCGGCGAGUACGCUAGGCCCUUGUCUUGGGACUGCCCGCUUCGUCACCUUGCUCACCUUGUUUCUUAUAUUCUAUUCGUUUCCCAUCUCAAUCCCCCCCUGUGUUUCCCGUCUCCCGUCAAGCGCUACAGUGUGCUCUGUCACUCUCAGGUCUCUCACUUCACCUCACCUCGCCAGCCUCCCAACUUUCAACUCACAACCGGCCAUAAUGCCAGUCCAGCUAUUACCGGCCUCGGCCGCCGCCUUUGCCCCAAGAGCAUCUUCCGUCAACGUCGUGCUGGGUUCCAAGGUUGAGCCAUGGUUGACCAAGACACUGAAGCGCAUCAACAAAGUCAAGAGGCCUCUCAACAGCGUACCCCAGCACACAAAAUGCUUGACUGAGACCCUGUCCUCACCGAAUGCCAUCUGGAUCCUGGCUUCGCUCAUGCUCCCCAAGGCUCCCGAAGACAAGCUCAAGAACGACUCCAACCCGUUGGUUGAGGCCAUCGCCAACUAUCAGCUUAUCCACCUGGAGGCUUACAUCGUCCACGUCGACAUGGUCCUGAGGAACGAGGUUGCCUUCAAGCUUACCCCCGACACCAUCGAGUCGCUCAUCGAGUACCACAAGGACGUCCACUGCCCCAACACCAAGGCCAGCACGUACGACUGGUCUGAGAAGGAUCAGCAAUGCAAGAAGCUUCACGACGACUUUGUUCAGGCCAUCAACAAGUUUGUCUUCACCACGCACGUGACGGCUUUGGAGGGUCUCGAAGAGGAGGGAGCUGGAGAAUUGCUGGAUGGUAGGAGCGAGGAUGUCAAGAGUGCCGUCAUGAACCUCUACAAGCCGCUGCUGCCGCCUCCGCCUAGGAUCGUCGAUGUCGUCCGUCAGCCUCCUUUGUUGCCCAGCUCUCCCGCCAAUGUCAGCAUGUGGUCGCAACCCACAACGCCCUCGUCGCUGCCUGCUCCUGUCGAGUCGUGGAGAGUCCUACCGUCGAGCCCCAGUGUGGCAUCAUCCGGAUCCGCCAGCCCCCCCAUGUGGGCAAGCAUGGGUGUCAGCGAGGUGCAAAUGCCCUCACCUACACCUGCUUAUAGCACGCCGUCCUACAGCACGCCUUUCUCCUCGGCCGGCUACUACUACGGCUCUACGCUCGUCUCCGCCCCCCUUCCGCUACCCAGCAUGCUUGCUCCUCAUUGCGGAGUCAGCAUGGGAUUUAACAACUUCGGUUGGGAUCGCUAUCAGGAAUACACCACGACAAUGUGACAACCAACGUCUGCAACAACGGGCACCGGUUAUCCAGGUUAUCCAGCCGCGACGACUUCCGCAUGAUCGCCAGUGUUCUGGAUCUUUUGAAUAUCCACAAAUCCAGAACGCGGCACUUAUGCCCAUAGCGGCUGGGUGAUUUGAUCACACAAGCAAGAGGCACUUCGCCGUUUGGCAUAUGGAUUCGGAGCGACAUUCGACACUUCUUUCCUCAACCAACCCUCUCCUCUCUUGGUGUAUCUACUCCCGACUGGUUUUUCUUUUAUCUCACUACGGGUUAGCGGGCGAGCGUCUAUUUGUUUUUUGUGCCAUUUCAGUUUCUUUGGCUUUGAGAUAUCAUCAUCAUCAUCAUCAUCAUCACCGUGUGCUUGGUCAUCGGCUUUUCCUAUUGUUUCAACCUCACAUGGCAGGGACCUGGGGCGGGUAGUCUGUUUGCAUUUACAUCAUGGCGGUUAUAGGCUGGUUUGCGUGUUUUGCUUUUAAGAAGAAGACUGCAGCAAUGCACCCACGGCUCGGCGGCGCAAGCCCGAGACAGAAACUUUCUUGAUUGAGAUUACCCCUUUUGUCUUUCACUUUCUUUCAAUUCUUUUUUUUUCUUUUCCCCUUUUUUCCACUCGCAGGACACGGCAUUCAAAAAGGCUGGCAUUUGGAAGAUACCCCUUUCGCGGUGUCUCGGGCUUCCCUCACGGGUUUACCCCACCGCACAUUCGCUUCAAGACGUUUCCAUCUUUACCCUUUAUCUUGGAUUUUCAUUUUGUCUUACGGAUGAUGUUUACGGCCUUUAAUGUUGACGAGUAUAAUCCCUGCGGCUACGACGACAAAGACGACUUCUAACGAUACGAAGGGUUUUCCAUCUUACGACUUGAUGUCGAAGUGAAGACCGACGGACUCGAAGCAAGAAACGAUUGACGCCACCGUUCGGAUUAUGUGCGCUCCUGAUUAGAGGAAGAGAGGGGUCACCCGACACAAACGAGACUGGUUCUCGGGAUCUUCCCUCUAUGGCAUGGCCGAUUCAACACCAUCUAGCCGCCGCCGCGUAUCUGGAAUAUCGCAAACUUCGGCAGACACUGGUUGUCGACAAAGACCAACGAUCUCUGAUUCUCAGCCUGUCUAUCUCGCAGAUCCAGGAAGAGGCUCUGGGGACAUUCAGGUUGGGGAGCAGAGGGGGGACUUGAAGCAAGGAUGGUAUUCUCCAAAACACGAUGCAGAAAAAGAAGGGCAAUACGGGAUAGUGUACGGCACUCACUGCUGAGCAGUGAAUGACAAACAGCAUCAUCACCUCCUUUCUGCCGUGUCAAGUCUGCUUUCUGGCCUUUCUCAGCCUCUCAACGCCACCGACACACUUGGACAAAUUUGGUGAAGCGACUCUAUCGAUUAUCCUCGUGGACUCUCGGGGGACGGGAUCACUGCUGCGGCGUAUGUCCUGCAUACACUCUCGGAUCGACCUGAGUCCUGCUAGACGGGAUAGGACCGAGGGUUUCGUGGCUAUCAGGCUUGCGUUUUUCCGUAGGUCAGGUCAAAGUUCCUCCGAUGUGUUCAGUCAGGGGAGUCAAGGUAUGAGGACGUUACCACCAGGUGAUUUUGGUGGAUAUACGGGAGGGGGACUGGCCAGCGGGGAAACAAGUGUGGUUCAUCUCACCGCAUGCCAAAGCUUCUCCGUAUCUCAUACUAGUGGUGUAACGGUUCUUAGACCGGCCUCGCCUAGUUGGGAUGGCUGAGAAGCAAGGCAGAGGCCUAUGAUUUGAAACAAGGUGUCCUGGCCGCUGGAGGAAAUGCCACGCACUGUGCGCGGAACAAGAGCGACGAGUCACUUUUGCUGCGCGACCUGACUUUCUCGUUCUCAUUCCGUGUUUGAUGGCGUGUGCAUUCACUCACCGGGAAUUCCUUGCUUUUUCCUCAUGGGUCUGGGAUGCUGGCUCGGGGUUUUUGGAUACUCGCUCUGUGAGUGAGUCGAGACGUGUAGUAGAUACCCUGGUGGUUUUGGCCUAUACGUUGUCAUGAAGGUUGGAGUAGUUAUACCAAGUUGCGGAUAUCAUAUCUGGAAGUUUUUCAAGCACGAUAUAUCAUGUACCUCUCUGCUCGAUAUGUCUGUUGCCCGCUGUGACUUGUGAGUCUUGCUCUCAUCAAAAUUGUUUAUGAUGCUACGUACAUAAUGAACCUGGAAAGACUCGGCAGUUAUUCCCCC